AUGGUGGAGCAGUCGGAUCGUGCUCCGCUACUUGAUUGGGAGGAGGUCCCUCCAGCCGAACCAGCUCCAACGAGCCCGUCUUUAGAAGAUGAAAAUUCUUUAGAGUCAAGUCCGUCUAACUGCCGUCCCUUGGGUAGCACCAUUGCAGGUAUCGGGUGGGAUACAAGCGCAGGAGAUCUAACCAACUCAACAGCUGUUAACAGCGGGAGCACAAGCUCUCCUUCAAAACAAACCGGGCCAGGAGAGGGUGCCCCGACGUGCAACGAACAGGCGGAGUGCACUUUCCCUGGGCUGGCCGUCAAAGAUCGAAGAGUGUCCGAAUGGGAGGAAAAAGACCAAAUCGUUGCUGUUUUCGUGGUGACUUUUGAUACCAGAUCAGGUAACAUGAUUGAAUGGUGCCUACCUCAGGAUGUGAAUCUGGAGGGAGUAGAAUUCAAGUCCAUGGCCAGUGGUUCACAUCGAAUCACCAGUGACUUUAUAUAUUUUCGUAAAGGUUCUUACUUUGGACUGGCAUGUUUUGCCAACAUGCCAGUGGAAAGUGAGUUGGAGAGAGGAGCUCGAAUGAAGUCUGUGGGUAUUCUGUCUCCAUCUUACACACUACUUUACCGAUACAUGCACUUUCUGGAAAACCAGGUUAGGCACCAGCUUCAGUGUCCUGGACAGUACUCUCCUCUGGAGGCUUUCUAUGAGGAUAAGAAGGCUGUGUUACCCUCUGGAGGAAAUGGCUUGGUCACUGCCUGCCCUACCAGUGCCCUCACCACAAUGGUUAACCGCUGCAUGCAUCCAGAGAUGAAGAUCACACACCCAGCAGGCUGCAUGUCCCAGUUCAUCCGUUUCUUUGGAGAGCAGAUUAUGGUGCUGUGGAAAUUUGCCCUGCUCAGAAAACGCAUUCUCAUCUUCUCACCUCCACCAGUAGGAGUAGUCUGCUACCGAGUGUACUGUUGCUGUUGCCUUGCCAAUGUGUCCAUACCUGGGAUUGGAGUAGCAGUGCCAGAGCUCCGCCCCUUCUUCUACAUCAACGUAGCUGACAUCACAGCUCUGGAAACUGAGCUGUCCUAUGUGGCCUGUACAACAGAGAAGAUCUUUGAGGAGAAGAAAGAUUUGUAUGAUGUUUAUGUAGAUAACCAGAACGUGAAAACACACAGAGAGAGUCUUCAGCCACUCCUCCGACUAAACACUGCAGAUAAAGAGAAAUAUCGAAAGCUCAGUGAACAGAGGCAGCUGCUGCUAUAUUCUCAGGAGGUGGAUGGUGAUUGCUCUUCCAGUGAGGAGGAUCUCUUCAUCCUGUUCUUCAUGGAGCAGAAUAACCGAAUUUUCCAAACGCUGUCUGAGGUGGCAGGGAGCGCCGAUCCCACCCUGACUGCGGAGCAUGUGCGAGCCAUGGGUCUGGACCCCCAGGGAGACCGAGGCUUCCUGGUGGACCUGCUGGAGGUUUAUGGCAUCGAUGUCAUGCUAGUUAUUGAUAACCCUUGCUGUCCUUAG